GCAGAAGAUAAAAAAGAAGAAGGAAAUUCAUUUUAUAAACAGAAAAAAUAUAAAGAUGCAGUUUCUUGUUAUACAGAGGCCAUUAAUCUUUGUCCGACAUGUGCAGCAUAUUACAGUAACAGGGCAGCAGCCUUGAUGAUGUUAUACAAAUAUCAAGCUGCUCUAGAGGAUGCACAACAAUCUGUCCAAAUAGAUCAUAAUUUUAUAAAGGGUUAUUUACGAGAAGGAAAAUGUCAUUUAACGUUGGGGAAUGCAUCAGCUGCCAUCAGAAGUUAUGAAAAGGUUUUGCAAUUAGAUCCCAAAAAUACUACGGCCCAAAAUGAGUUACAAACAGCUAAAAUUGUAUUUGAAUUAACAGAGAAAGCAGAUAAAUGUUAUGAUAAAGAAGAUUUUCGUACAGCUAUGUUUUAUUGGGAUAAAUGUUUAGUUCAUUCCCCUGCUUGUCAUAAAUUUAAAAUCCAGAAAGCUGAAAGUUUAGCCUUAUUAGGGCGCUAUCCAGAAUCAGAGGAAUUAGCAAAUAUGAUCUUAUUUAGUGAUAAUUUAAAUGCUGACGCUACGUACGUUCGAGGAUUAUGUCUCUACUUUCGUGAUAAUUUAGAAAAAGCUUACACACAUUUUCAACAAGUAUUACGUUUAGCCCCAGACCACCAGCGAGCUCGACUUGCUUAUAAGAAAGCUAAACAGUUACAAGGGAAGAAGGAGGAGGGUAAUGUGGCGUUCCGGGCAGGGCAAUAUCAGCAAGCCUACGAUCUCUAUACCACAGCUUUAUCAAUAGAUCAAUACAAUAAAUCAACCAACUCCAAAUUAUACUGUAAUAGAGCUACAGUAUCAGCUAAGCUAGGUAAACAUGAAGACUGUAUAAAAGACUGUACAGAAGCUAUAGAAUUAGAUAGUUCUUAUGUUAAAGCUUAUCUACGGAGAGCCAGAAGUUAUAUGGAAGUAGAGAAAUAUGAAGAGUCAGUGAGAGACUAUGAAAAGAUCUAUAAUCUAGAUAAAAGUAGAGAACAUAAACGCUUAUUAAAUGAAGCCAAGUUAGAAUUAAAAAAAAGUAAACGAAAAGACUACUACAAAUUAUUAGGCAUUGGGAAAGAAGCUACAGAAGAUGAAAUUAAAAAAGCUUACAAAAAACGAGCUCUUAUACAUCACCCAGAUCGUCAUUCUCAUGCUGAAGAAGAGGUACAGAAAGCAGAGGAAGUGAAGUUUAAAGAAGUGGGAGAAGCAUACGGAGUGCUGUCAGACAGUAAAAAGAGGAUGAGAUAUGACGCUGGUCAAGAUUUAGAAGAUUUAGAUGAUCAAAUGGAUCCCAAUCAGAUAUUCCAGAUGAUGUUUGGGGGUGGGGGUGGGGGAGGUAUGAACGGCUUCCAUUUUCAACAGGGA